GACCAACAAGACCAGACCUACAGGGACCUAAUAUCGAACAGGCGGCAACUCUCAGAACUUAUUGAGAGCAAACACGCCAGAACGAUCCGAAGGACACGAGCAUUCUUCUACAUGCAUGCCAACAAGGGGGGUAAAUUGCUAGUAAGGAUGCUGAGAGGAGCACAAAGCAGGGCACAGGUACACGCACUGCGCACCACACAGGGCACACUAACUCAAUUCCCAGAAGAAAUCGCGAGCGAAUUCCAACGGUUCUACACACAGCUAUACAAUACACGUGGAGAUGAAGACAGAAUAUCCCGAACCACGAGGAAGACAGAUACGACAGACUACCUAGUGGGCUUUCAACCAGAUACCCUCACACCAGAGGAAGCAGAAGAGCUAGAUACGCCGAUCACCGAAGAGGAACUCAAACAGGCACUGAAG